AUGAGUGAUCUUCAUACAUCAUUAUUAAACAAUAAUAUCUCCUUUGAUUAGUUAUAUGAGGUACCUAAUCAUAUUGUAUCUUAGAAAGUGAAAGCACAACUCAUAGAUUAUUAACAAAGUGUUGAUGAAUUACAGGUAUCUGGGGAAUCAGAAAUUGAUUAACAUAAUGUCAAUCAAGUGUUUCUACAAUUGAAAGCUAUCUAAUUAGAGCAUAUGGACAUUAAAGAAAACAUCAUUAAAUUGGAGCAAGUACUUUAAACAAUAACUCAAAGUCAUCUAGGGGAGUUGAGCAACGAAAUAAAACCAAGAAAUUAAGAGAUUUGUACACUAGUCAUCUUUAAAGACAUCAACAGUUAUAUAAAAAUAUGAUUAAUGAUUGUGGAUAUGAAUCUUUAAAGGAAGUGUUAAAGGAUAUUGAAAGAAUGAUGAAAAUGACAUCGAAAUAAGAUGUAUAAAAUUUUACAUUGAAUCAUUCUUCCAAUAAUCAAUAAAAUUUUUAAAAUGCCCAAUAAUUAUAAAUGAUGGAUGUAUAGACAUUUGAACAAUUUGACCACAUUGAAUGGCACAAUUAAAUCAUUAAAUAAAAUUAAGAAGAAAUAGAUUAAAUCUAAUAUAAGACAUAAACAAUUAAUAAAAUUGUUCAAGAUUUAGCAUUGGAAAUAGAACAUUAAGAUACCUAUUUUGAUGUAAUAGAAACAAAUGUCACAACAACAAAAGAGAAUGUUAUCAAAACAUAAGAAUAAUUAACUAAAACAUAAGAAUAACAGAAAACUGGUAAAAAGAAGUUAUGGUGCAUGUUAAUUUGUGCUUUUGUUGCAUUCUUAGUUUUGUUAUUAAUUUUAUUAUUGUGA